AGGCUUGUCAACGAUCAACACAUUCUGAGCUACAGCUUCGUUCACUGAGAUUCGCGCUUCUUUCUAGAAUGUUACAUUCCUGCUUAUAGAGAAGUAAAAGCUUUCACUCUGAAUCCUGUUGGUUUGAGAUCUGUGCACAUCUGGGAAGAAAAAUCUGGCUGUUCAUACUAUGUGGUGCUGUCUAGUUAAUUGUGCCUGACAUUGCUUUGGACUUCCAAAAACAUCAAAAUAAGAAUGAAGAAUCAACCAAAGUGAAUGUUUUGUCACUAUGCAUUUAAGCACAAAAUCUCUUUUUCACAUUCUGAAAAGCAGUAUUGGUCACUGCAAGAACUGCUCCAAAUGUUUCCCUGCUCAAGUCUUAAGAACUUAUAGUCAAACAAAGCAAGAAGUGUUUUUGUUGGCAAAGUGCUUUAGAAAUGCCUACAUUGUUCCUGGUUCCCAAGGAGCCAUCCAGCCUUGGAGGCUCUUUUCCUGUAAGGAUAUUCUGAAAUCAGAGCAGGAGAACUGGAGGGCUUGUUCAUCAAAUUACGUAGAUUUGACAGAAAGAAUCAAACAAAGAUUAGAAACUCAUAACAAGCAUUCAUCCAGUCUGAACAGCUUGGUGAUUAAGUUUGGAGAGUAUGUUUACUUUGAAGAAAACGGCUUCAUAUUUCGUUCAAAGCUGGGAGAAGUAGGUAAUGAUGAAGUAUUACUUAGUAUGGAAACUCUACCUUUUCCUGAUUCAUUUAUCCAUCGCAUCCGAAUUUCUCCUGAUCACAGAUAUAUGGCUACUGGAAUUAAAAGUGCAAAUUCUGAAGAGUCUGCUUGCGUAGUUGUGGAACUAAAUGUAUUACCAAAAGUGGAAUGUGUUAUUCCAGAUGUGUUUAGCUUCGAAUGGACUACACAAGACAUCCUAUUCUAUACCACCCAAAGGAACCUUCAGAGUCAUGAUGUGUAUUUGUCGGAUUUUAGUAAAAAAUAUUCUGAACUGGUUUAUACGGAACAUGAUGCAAGGUAUUUUGUGGAUCUCUACCGCACAAAAGACAAGCACUUUCUGACUAUAAACAGUAAUAGCAAGACUACCUCUGAAGUGUGGUUGGUUGACUGUCAUCACCCUUUUAAGUCUCCUGUUCUUGUGCAACAACGAACUGAAGGAGUUAUUUACCAUGUUGAACACAGAAAUAAUGAGUUAUACAUUCUUACUACAUAUGGUAAUCCAGUGGGAUACAAGCUGAUGAAGGCUCCUGUUGGUUCAUGUGGUUUGGAGAACUGGCUGCCGGUUUACACAGUGAAAGAAAAGACAAAAUUAAUUGACUUAGAGGUGUUCAAAGACCACUGUGUUGCCUUUCUGAAGUUCCGUGGCCACCUUUAUUUAGAUAUUAUUGCUCUUGUAUCAAACUCAGUUCACUGUGUUAAGCUUCCUGAUUGGGCUUGUUCAUUUGAAUUGGAGCCUCAUCCUGAAUACACCACCAGCACUUUCUAUUUUUGGCUCAUCUCCCCAGUUCAACCUCCGGUACGCUUUGCAUAUUCAUUGACGGAAAACAACCUUAUUGAGCACACUGAGCAAGAGGUACCAAUUACAGCGAAUUGCCACACCGUACGUUUAGAAGCUAAGAGCAAGGAUGAAACUUGGGUGCCAAUUACAGUUUUUCAUAAAACCAAUUCUCUAGCGCUGUGCAGGAUGCCACUUCUGAUUCACGUAUACGGAGCUUAUGGCAUAGAUGUGAACAUGAGUUUUAAAGCAGAAAAUCUAAUGUUAAUCCAGGAUGGCUGGAUAUUAGCAUUCUGCCAUGUCCGAGGCGGAGGAGAGUUAGGCCUGGAAUGGCAUAAGGAUGGCUGUAUGAUGAAGAAGCACAAUGGUAUCCAAGACCUCCAGGCCUGCAUAAAGUUGUUACAUGAUAUGGGAUAUUCUCAGCCAUUGCAUACAGCCCUGAUGAGCCUGAGUGCUGGAGGAGUUCUUGCAGGAGCCCUCUACAAUAUUCAUCCUCACCUUCUCAGAGCUAUGGUUUUACAGGCCCCUUUCUUGGAUGUUUUAAAUACAAUGUUAGAUCUUCAUCUCCCUCUGACUAUUGAAGAACAAGAAGAAUGGGGAAAUCCAUUGGUUGAUGAGACCUGCAAGGAGUAUAUUAAAAGCUACUGUCCAUAUCAGAAUAUUAAGCCACAGAAUUAUCCUUCUGUUUUCAUCACCGUCUCUGAAAAUGAUCAACGAGUACCUCUGGCAGGUUUAUUAAGAUACAUCUGUAAACUUAGAAAAGCCGUACAAGAUCAUGCCCAAGCCAACAGCACGGAUGAGAAAGGACGUCAGACACCUACUAUUAUCUUAGACGUUCAACCAGGAGGCAGUCAUUGUGCUCCAUCUUGCGAGGAUUCUUUAAACCAGUUGUAGUCAACUGUUUUGAAAGUACAGAUAUGGACUUUCUCUGCUUAACACAGAACGCAUAGACACAAACAAGACACUGGCUAUGGUGGAACGAAGCGAAGCAAUUUUGAAAGCCUUUUGUGACACCAGCUUCUGAGUUGCUGCUGCUGUUCUGGUCACAAGCUGUGUUAUACCUGACAGUAAUGCUCAAUUCACAGGAAGCUUUUCUGAUCUCAGUGAAAAGCCCAUUACAGCAGCUGCCAUUUUCUAAAGAGAAUUGAGCAGGAAGCACUCGUGAUUACUCUUCAGACUGCAGGGGAACCUACAUUAUUAUCCCCAAUGUUACAGGAGCACGAAUAGCAUUGGAAGGAGACGAGCAAUGGAACUGGAAAAUGCUGAUAAUACUCUCUGAAGUGUGCAAAAGACUAUGAAGAGUCUGUUGCUCUUUAACA